ACCCGGUCCAAGAGGUCACCUAACGUGACGGGCAGUAAAGUCAAUCACCAAAGGCAGUAUGGGGAUCUGCAGCAUCAGCACCUCUGGGGGCACUGAGAUCAAAUGAGACUACGCGCAUGCUCCUGGACGGUACGCCGUUCGCGUGGCGCCGAGUGACAUCACUGACAAGCGCCAGCAGGAAGGGCGCAGCGCGUCGCACGUGUCCGGAGGCGGCGGGCGGGCCCAUGGCGAGCUCUGCGGGGCUGGCACUGUGCUCCCAGACGCUGGUGGUGCGAGGAGGCAGCCGGUUCCUAGCCUUCUCCACUGCGGGCAGUGAUGAUGACUGCGUCUUCACAUACGACUGCAGUACUGCAGAGAAGAAGGCCACGCCAGAAGAUAAAGGGGAGGACGGGCAGCCCGCAGACACGGGGAGUGACUCGAUUCUGGCGUCCACCUUCUCCAAGUCUGGCCGCUAUUUUGCUUUAACAGAUGACAGUAAGCGUCUGAUUCUUUUCCGUACAAAACCAUGGCAAUGUCUGAGUGUCAGGAUGGUGGUGCGGAGGUGCACCGCCCUCACCUUCACAGCCUCAGAGGACCGGGUCUUGGUGGCUGACAAGUCUGGAGAUGUCUACUCCUUCUUGGUGCUGGAGCCGGAUGGAUGUGGCAGGCUGGAGCUUGGGCACCUCUCCAUGCUGCUAGACGUGGCUGUGAGUCCUGAUGACCAGUUUGUGCUCACUGCAGACCGGGAUGAGAAGAUCCGGGUCAGCUGGGCUGCUGCCCCACACAGCAUCGAGUCUUUCUGCCUGGGACACACUGAGUUUGUGAGCCGCAUCCUUGUAGUGCCCAGUCAUCCUGAACUGCUGCUUUCUUCCUCUGGGGAUGGCACCCUGAGACUCUGGGAAUACAGAAGCGGUAGGCAGCUGCAGUGCUGUGACCUGGCCGGCCUACAGGAGCCUGGAGAACAGCCAGGCCACAAGGGGUUGGCCGCAUCCAGGAUUGCAUUCUGGGGACAGGAGAGCUAUGUGGUGCUUCUGUGUGAGUGCGUUCCCGUGGUCUUCGUCUUCCAGCUUGAUGCCAGCAGACAGCAGCUGGAGUUCAGACAGCGGCUGACUUUCCCUCACCGAGUGUGGGAUGUUAUGUUUGAGGAGGCCCGGGGGCUGUGGGUUCUACAGGACUGCCGUGAUGCCCCCCUGGUACUCUGGAGGCCCGUGGGUGGUGAGUGGCAGGCUGUUCCAGACAGUGCUGUGUCCCGGAGACUCUGCAGCCAUCUCCGUGAGAGCUGGGCCAUGCUGGAAGGCUCUGUUGGAACAGGUGACAGCUUCCGCAGCCUGUACAAGGCCACCUUUGACAACAUGACCUCUUACCUGAAGAAAAAGGAAGAGAGACUGCAGCAGCAGCUGAAGAAGAAGCGGCAAAGGAGCCCCUUCCCAGGGUCCCCGGAACAGACCAAAAAGGCGUGCCCGGGGCAGUCAGCCCUUAGUUGCUGACCUUGGACAUGGCCACAGCUCUCAUUCCUGAGGCCCCGCGCGGGCAGCUCUCUCCUCCCUUCUCCCUGGUUCAUCCCUAGGGAGGGAGAUCACAGCAGCUCAGUCCCUACCACUAGCUCAACAGUCUCUGAUCUCCAGUCUGCCUUUGUCACUGAGAACAGGCUCCUGCCGGGUUGCAGGGAAGACAGGUGGAGUUAGCUAAGAGUCUAGAGCUGUGUGGGAGCACCUUCACAUUGAAGGAUACACUGACCCACAGCACCACGCACGUCUGUCGGGGCCCACAGUGACGUCCCUGGGGAUCUCCAGGGAGGCCUGCAGGACAGGACCUGCCUUUACAUCAUUGCCGGGGGCUCUCCAGGAGGAGCUCUGUAUGGCUCUGUAGCUGCUUGCUGUUUUGAGGCAGAUUCAGUUGGUGCUGUUUUUUCUUUGUAGCACCACACUCCUGGGCUGGGCUGAGCAGACCGAGCAAGCUUCGGGGCUCUGAGGGUGUGACCUUGCCAGGCCAGCCUUGUUUUACAGGGAGUGAUGGUGACCUCGUGGUUCUGUUGCUCUGAACUCUGCAUACACUGCAGAACAGAAGGAAGUGAACAGAAAUCACAGUAUCAAUAAAGACAAGCUUUGCCUAGCUUUCUGGAAUGUUCGGCAGCAGCCUCCAUAGCUGAUCUUAAGACAUUCAAUGUGUGUAUGCUCUUCAAAUGACAUGGCUCUUGGUGGUUAGAGAGGGGUGGUGUCGUCCAGCUCUGUCUAUUCUCGUGCUAUGUCCCAGACUAGCUGCAGCAGAGACCGUCUUGGGCUGGGGAGAUGAGACCUGAGUUUAGGUACCACCCAAACAUACAGAACAAAGGAAGGCCAUAGCCUAGCAUAACUGUAACCCUGAUACUGGAGCUGCAGACUGAGGCAGCCUAGCCUAAACUGACAUUUUAGGCUCUGUGAGACCCUGUCUCAAGAUCAACAGUAGAGGAAGAUGCCCAGUGUCAUCGUCUGGCCUCCACACACAGUAGAAACAGUCUUGUGGCCACAAGCAGCUAUCGAGUGGGUGGUGUUCACAGAGCAGGGUACUCACCUCUGUCUAGGAGCUAAUGUCACGUGUCCUGGAUGCUGGGAUGUUUGGUCCCUGGAGAAAUUGAUGUGCAAACUGGGCUGUGGGCUGGGUCCUAACUAGUCUGAGGUAAAUGAGAAAAGUCUGAGGGCCCAGGAAUACAGCUUUGCUGAGCCAGUGCUGCAUUCGCUCAGUCCUUUGGUCAUGCGUAGCAUGCGAGCCAGGUAGAGCCCAUGCUUGCAAAGCACCAGUGCUCACAGGGCCAUCAUGGCCGGAGGGCCAGUGCAAGGAGCUGGGAGACUCGAGGGGUAUCUGAGGUCCCUGGUGUCUGCCUUGUAGGCUCUGAGACAGCCACACAGACAGUGGUGGGGAUUCCUUGUGUCAAAGGAGAGAUGGUGGCCUUCAUGGUGGGGUUAUUCCUAAGGUCCUGGUGAGUCACAGUGCCAAACAGCACAGUGAGCAGCAGGCAGGCCCACCCCAACAAUCCUAGUCCUGUCUCCACUUUUCUCAAGCCCUAGUGUUCAUGAUGGUCCUAUCCCACAGUGACAUCUGUGGAUGUCCCAGGGUCCACUUAUGUGAGUGUAGCCAGUGGAAGCACUCGGGGUGGGGUAGAGGAGGGUGUUGGGCCUCCAUGUCCUACUAUCUGGCUUUGGCUUUCCUGGCCCUGGGGCCAGCGGUGGCUCCUGGUCCCUUAGGCAUAGCUUCUGAGCCUGUUAAUUGGCCCCACUUUCAGGGGCCUUAGUGCCUGUAGGCUGGGUACAUAGCAUUAUGCUUACAGGACCCUGCUAGCUAGUAGGCUAGUCCACAUGCCUACACUUCAUGUGGUUCCAGAAAUUUCUUCCAUAGUAGGGUGUGUAGAGUCCCAUUUUUAUUGGGACUAUACUUCUAUUUAAGGGGAUUUGUGUCUUACCAGGUUUUAGGCCAGUCUGACCUGGGCAGUUCAUGCUAUGAUUUCAGCUUGUGUCAGGACAUCUUCACCUCCAACAGCAUCUCCCCACUUCUGCUGGGAUGCCCUGUUGCCAGGGUCGUUCCUGAGAGGCUGCCCACCAGUCUCUGAUAAGACACCAAGGCAAUUUAUAUGAGAGAGAUUGAUUGGCCUUGCAGUUCCAGAGAGCUGGGGGCCAUGCUGGUGGAAGGGAGGCUGGAGCCCCAGUUGAGAGCUCCCAUCUUUCACAGGCAGGAGGCAGGAGGCAGGAGGCAGGCAGGACACACACAUCAACGAGGCCAUAGGUCCUAAUCCUUCUAAACAUCUCCAACACUGGGGACCGUUCCCAUCCAGACCAGUGCACACAGCUCUGUCCUUUGCCAGUUUAGACUUGGCCCCUGUACUUCCCUAAACCCCCUGCCUCAUUAAACUUGUAUCCACCA